AUGGCGGUCUUCAGGUACCUGGUUGGGUUGUCAGCUACUAUCUUGGCCUGGAACGGCGUCGCGGCGACAUGCGAGGCUAAUGGCAAUAGUUAUGACUUUGUAGUGGUUGGGGGAGGCACAGCUGGCCUGGCCGUGGCAUCUCGUUUGAGCGAGGCACUGACGAGCAACUGCAUCCUCGUCCUCGAGGCCGGUCCUGAGGCCCCCGAUGAGGAAAAGAUCAAUGUGCCCGGAAUGAAAGGGUCGACAAUUGGCACCGUCUACGACUGGAAUUUCACAACGACUGCCCAGCCCUCGGUUGCCAAUCGCUCCAUAGCCCAAACCCGGGGCAAAGUGCUCGGUGGCAGUUCGGCUCUCAACCUCAUGAGCUGGGACCGCGCUAGUUCUGUCGAGUAUGAUGUCUGGGAACAACUCGGUAAUCCGGGCUGGAACUGGACGACGAUGAUCUCGGCUAUGCUCAAGGCUGAGAACUUUCACAAAUCCCCUUACUACGGCGACUCCGGUGUAGGGUUUGGUGGCCCAGUGGAUACGAUGAUCAACGACUAUGUGCCGGAGCAGCAGUACUCGUUCAUCCCGACCUUGGAAAAUCUGGGGGUUGCUGAGAACAAUAUCUCGCUGGGAGGGAAUGCGAUUGGCACAAUGUUCCAGCCCUCAAACAUUCGCUUUGCGGAUCGCAAGCGCUCUUAUAGUGCAUACAACCCUGGCUACCCGUCUAUCGCGGGAUCGAAUCUGGAAAUCCGGACUGGUGUGACUGUGGCAAAGGUAAAUUUUGACUCGAGCAAGAAAACGCUCGUUGCGACGGGCGUCACCCUGGACGACGGCUCUGUGGUAAACGCGACCAAAGAAGUGAUUCUGUCUGCGGGCACGAUCCAAAGUCCCGGCUUGCUCGAGGUAUCCGGAAUUGGGAACAAAACCGUACUCAGCGAUGCCAAGAUCCCACAACUGGUGAACCUUCCUGGGGUUGGUGAGAACUUUCAGGAUCACCUGCGAGUGGAAGCUUCAUACCGAUUGAAGCCGGACUUCACCUCGUUUGACAUUCUCAAGUUCAAUACCACCUAUGCUGCUGAGCAAUUGGCCCUGUAUGAGGAUGGAAAACGCUCCAUCUAUGACUACACAGGCAGUGGGUAUGCAUUCGUCAGCCUUGCUCAAGCAACCGGUGACGAUUUCUCUUCCCUCUAUUCUAUCGCUGAAAAGGACGCGGCGAAGCCGCUCACUUCUUCGCCUUUUGAACCGGUGCGGUCCAAGAUUCUGCUCGAUUAUCUCAAAAAAGAAACCAAGGUGCCACACAUCGAGGUUGUUUUCUCAGACGGCUAUACCGGAGUGAAGGGCUACCCAUCUUCGUCGUCCCCUCUUUACGGAUCGUACUUUUUCACUUUACUUUGUGCCAUGGAACAUCCUUUUAGUUCUGGCUCCGUUCACGUCACUUCCCCCAAUGUCUCUGUGGCGCCGACUAUCAACCCGAAUUACUUAGCGCAGGAAUUCGACGUCCAGCAACUCAUCGCAACCGCCAAGUACGCUCGGAAAGUCGCAUCCACAUCGCCACUGCACGACAUCUGGGUUGAUGAAUACGAGCCCGGUGUCGACGUCGUCGCCAACGGAACGGGCUCUGCGGUCGACGCCCAAUGGAGGGAGUAUGUGCAGAACAGUGCACUUACCUUGUAUCAUCCUGUGGGAACAUGUGCCAUGCUGCCGCAGGACUUGCACGGUGUUGUAGACCCAAAGCUGGUUGUCUAUGGCACUGAAAAUCUCCGGGUUAUCGAUGCCAGCGUGAUUCCUAUCUUGAUAUCCGCGCACAUCCAGACUGCAGUAUACGGAAUUGCGGAGAAAGGAGCCGCCAUUAUUGUUGAGAAAUGGCUCGGCUCUCUCGAUCGCAAAUCGGCCGAUGUUGGAUCCGGCCUAGUUGGAGCCCCUGCUUGCGGUGACGUCAUUCGUCUCGACAUCCAGGUGGACGAAAAGACCGGCAAGAUCACCAAAUCCGCAUUCAAGACAUUUGGAUGCGGAAGCGCCAUUGCCUCAAGCUCAUACCUCACCACACUGUUAGCAGGAAAGACUUUGGAGGAAGCAGGAAAUAUUCAGAACACACAAAUUGCAAACGAACUGUGUCUCCCACCCGUCAAGCUUCACUGCUCGCUUCUGGCCGAAGACGCCAUUAAGGCUGCCAUCAAGAACUACGAAUCGAAACGACCAGCGGCCGCCGCCACGAACUUGGCCGACACCUCCAAGGCUUUCAAGGAGACCGCUGCCCAGAUUUAA